AUGAAGUUCUCGCAUAAGGCUGAGGCUUUGAAGGUUCAAAUUGAAGAGCUACAAAAGGAACAAGAACAGCUAAACGAGGAAUUAGGACGUGUGGAAAUAGAAAAGGAGGAAUUGUUGAAGUCCUUUGCUUUGAGCCAAGGGAAAGAGAGUGAAGCGGUCCAACGACUCAGUGAAGAGUUAAAAGCAGCUAAUCAGCAAAAUGAAGCCUACACGAAGGAAAGGGACAUAUUGUUAGCUGAGAUUGAUAAGCUCUCAACAAGAAUCGAGAGUGGAACUGAGACUUCCCAACAAGUACAACAACAACUGCUAGUAGCUCAAGCUGAAAUAACCCAGCUCAAUGGAGAGAAAACGAUGAUGGAGGAACUACUGCAUAAAUCUCAAUCUGAGAGAGCUGAGCUUCAAGAGAGGGUGGCUAGUCUUGGCAAGGAGAUGGAAUCUUUGCAAGAAAAGCAUCAAGAUGAGCUGAAAUUAGUUCGAUCAGAGCUAGCAAGUCAGGCUGGCGGAUCUCCUGAUAUCUCACAACAAAUGAAAGAUGAAUUUGCCGAUGCGAUGGAGAAAGUGAGGACAACAACAGAGCAGAAGAAUAUGCUUAGUAAAGAGAUGGAGCAAUUGAAAAAUAAAAUGGCUGAACUGCAGAGAGAGGUAACUUCCCUUCGAUUAAAUGAAGCAACCGCGAAUGUGCUAGUCUCUGAAGCGAAACAGAAAAUUGACAUCUACAAUGAACUUGAGCAAGACUGGCAGAAGAAACAGCUUCGAAUGAGUGAGAGAAUCGAAGAAUUGAGCAUCGAGUUGGAACAAGCGAAAUCGCGAACUGAAAGUGAAGAAAUUGACGCGUUGAGGAGAGAGGUUUGUGUCUCUCUUUGUUAG